AGGCAGGAACAACAACAACCAACGAGAAAUUUGAAGCCAUAAAGCCAAGUCGCACUCUGACUUGACUGCCUGCCGUUUCAAAACUCGAGCAUUGUCUACUCAGCGUGCUACCUACUUUCAGGUUAUAUUUACGAAAACGUCAAACCUUAGCAAAUGAGAGGGAAAACCGAUGAAGGAAUUUUCAUUUGGGAUGUUUGAAAUUUUCGCAACGUAAAACUGCGCGCUUGCAACUUCUCGAUUUCAAAUACCUUUGUUUUUGUCUUUUACUUACCUGAGUGAAAGGUAAACGCAAAAGACAUAAAUAAUUGUUGUUUUUGGUAUUAAACGAGUGUGUUUGUAGUGUUGUUGUAUACUGUUGUACUACGAGCAGCUCUUUCAGUGCUCGUUUCCUUUGUAUUAAAAAAAGAAACAUUCCCUGAAAGAGGAUUUGAAAGGAUCAACGGCGAAUGCUAAGCAGUCUUGCAGACGCUUCUAUAAAUAGAGGUUGUGUGCGUCUUCGCGUCGCCAUUAGUGAUAAAUUUAUUGAAGACAUUGUUGUGAUUUUAACUAAAGCUUCAUAAAAAAACUGUAUCAAUUAUUUACGUAUGUAUAAAGGUGUGUGAAACUUUAAUUAGAAAAGAAUUAUGAGUUAAGUCAUUCCUACGCGGUCAUUUUCACAUUUUUUAUUUAAAUUAUCGAGCGGUGAUAUUUGGAUUUCUUUCAAGCGACUGUUUUGGUUUUUAAAUUUAAAAAUUAAAUUCUAAAGAUAUUUUCCAUAAGACUGUCGUACGAACUCAAGAGAGUUACGAAACCCGCCAAAUUUUAAAUAAUCUCUCACCAAAUCACAUACAAACAACACUCAUUUAGAUAUUUGUAAACAUAAAUAAUAAAUCGGCAAUAUAAGUACCGAAAACACACGAAAAGAUAAACGAAUAGCAACACAAAGCAUGGGCGAGCUGGAAGAGAAGGAGACAGGACCAUCAGAAACUACACCACAGCAGGAAGCAGUCGACGAACCGAAAGAGACCGACAAAAUGCUCGACAAAAAAGAGGAUGCCGAUGGCGCAGAGCAGCAAACAGAAAAUGUGGGCGCAAAAGACAAGAACCCAAGUCCGAACACGGAGAAAAAAAAGGCUGCCAACUCAAAGCCAACAACCCCAACACCCAGUACUAAAAAGUCACUAACUCAAUCGGUCGAAAAACUUUCCGCUGGUACUGACGCUGAAGUACAGCCGGUAAAAGCGAAUGGUGGUAGUGGCGAGGAGAUAAUUGACAUACCGGACGCAGCUAAAACUGAAGAGGGUGAUGAAAAGAAGAUCUCUACUGAAGAUCGUGAGGUCAAACCGAUGAAGAUACCGAUUGGUGGCUUGAAAUUGCCCGGUUUCUUUAUGAAAAACAAGCCCAAGGCUGAUGGUGAUGGCGCUGAUGGAGAACUUUUGGAGCGAGAAAAUAAAGAUGAAGUGCCGACUGAAGCGGCAAACGGCGAUGGCAAAACGAAGAAAGAAGAAAAGCCGCGUAGUAAUUUUGGUGAGCGCUUGCGCAACUUUUUCGUGCGCAAGCCAGCUGUCGAAAAGCAACAGACCAAACAAACAGCAAAUGGAGAUGCCGAUGCAAAGAGUGAAGCUACUGCUGAGGCAGCUGCUACUGAUGGUGAGACAAACAAUGCCUCGGAUGCGCUACCACAGAAACGCGGUCUUUUGAAUGCUAUCAAAUUGCCGAUUGCAAACAUGAUACCGAGAAAGAGGACGGACGACGAUGUAGAGCUGGGUAUGGGCAAAGCAGGACUCGCCUCAAUGGAGACGCUGGAUGACUCGCUGAAGGAUCAAGAUUGUGUUGAUAAAGCGCCCGCUAAGAACAAUGGCUCCGAAGAUUCUGUGAAACUUAAGAAAACACCAAGUGGUGAAAUUAAACAAGAGGGAUCAGAAGAGAAAUCUCCGGAGGAGCCUGAAGCACCCAUUUCUUUCGCCGAACGCUUGCUUUCGUACCGCUGUUCCCCGGAUGACGGCCUGAUCGUGCUCGGUGUUCUGCUUUUCAUCAUACUCAUUGCUGUGAUCGGCUAUGUUCUCUCGCUUGAGACACUCACCUCACCGCCCGUACGUGAGGGACGUUUCAUGGACGCCGUUACUGGUUGUGGCAUGGUUGAGGGACUACAAGAGGAUGGCGCAUUUGCAUUCCGUGGCAUACCGUAUGCUCUACCACCAGUAAACGAACAACGUUGGCGUCCUGCGCAACUGAUUGGCGGCAUCGAAGAUUGCUGGAAUGGCACCCUGAAGGCGCAUAAUGUGAGUAACUAUUGCACACAGCGAUUGGGCAACGGUACCAUUGUGGGCGACGAGGACUGCCUGUACUUAGACGUUGUCACGCCACAUGUGCGUUACAACAGUCCAGUGCCGGUUAUUGUGUUGAUUGGUGCCGAGACAUUAACUGGUCCAUCACCUGGUGUUCUCCGGCCAUCGGCACGCUAUUCACGCUCACAUGACGUUGUGUUUGUGCGUCCGAACUUCCGUUUGGGUGCAUUUGGUUUCCUUGCAUUGGACGCGCUUACCAAAGACGCCUACCCACGUACUUCGGGCAACUAUGCACUCUCUGACAUCAUUGCCGCGCUAAAGUGGGUUCAACUGAACAUCGCGCAUUUCGGGGGUGAUCCCAAAGCUGUGACUUUACUUGGUCAUCGCGCUGGUGGUACGCUCGUUUCCGCACUUGUAACCUCUAACAAGAUCGAAGGUCUCUAUAAGAACGCUUGGGUUUCGUCAUCGUCAGCCAUCUUCCCUGGCAAGCCUUUGGAGGAAUCGGAAAAGCGUAAUGAACAAUUUGCGAAGUCAUUAGAUUGCACCGAUAUCAAUUGCUUGCGCAGCUCAUCGACCGAAGAAAUUUGGGCCGCCACCCCAGACACCUGGUUGCACUUCCCUGCAGACAUUCCGACUACAGACGAAAAUCCCAGUGCGCAUCAUGAAUGGCUUGUGUUGGAUGGAAACUUCCUGCAACGUCACCCCGCCGAUGCCUGGAAAGAAGAACAUACCGGCCAACCGAAACUCGUCAUGGGCACAACCGCACAUGAAGCACACAGUGAGCAGCUGCGUCAACGCCACGCCAACUGGACUGCCGAAGAAGUCCGCGCAUUUAUUGCAGCCUCGAGAAUUGGCGCACUCAAUUUAACAGACGAAGCUAUACGGCUCUACAACGCGACAAACUAUCGCAACUUAAUCGCCAUGAUUACCGACAUACGCACCAUCUGCCCGCUCUUGACUAAUGCACGUCUACAACCGUCUGUGCCGUUCUAUGUGGUGCAACAAGGUGAGGGAGAAAAUCAGUUGGCCACCGUCGAUACAGACGUGCUCGCCAUACUGGGCCGCUAUGAGCCGCAUACAGCAGAGCAGCGACGAUUCAUGUCGUCCAUGCAACAGCUGUUCUACUACUAUAUCUCUCACGGCACCGUACCUCAAUACGACCCAAGUCGACGAGUGCUGAAUAUCGCGCAAGAUCCACUGCCGCAGCAAGAUCACCCGAACUGUAAUUUCUGGAUUAGCCACGAUAUCGUGCCGCGCUAUGCACGUGUCGACUAAGGGAGUCGGCCGAAAGGGCAGAGUGACGAGUAACGAAGGUCAAGCCGAUGUGUUAAGUGAACGAGUAGAGUGUGCAUGGCUGUGGACUUAGAGCGGAAUGAAGGAUGCGACAGCAGAAGGAGAAAAUUGGAGCCCUGCAGAGUCCUGUGUGACAGCGCAUCGACGUUUCAUACAUAGACUUACUCACACACACACACACACACACAUAAACGAAUGCAUUUAUACAAACUGAACAAGUUGAAUAACAAGCAGUAGCUCCCAACCAACCCACAAAAACCAUAUAAAGAAUAAAGAAAAGACGGACACUGAUUAGCGUGCAUGGGAAGAAUCUGAAACAGUGAAAUUAUCUAAGCAGUGAAAAGUAUAUGUUGCAUGGCGCAUGUUUUUUCUGGAGCUUUAUAUACCGACUUUAUAUGAAAUUUUUACACUGAAUUUCCUUUUUUUAUACAAUAAUUUCUUACUCAAAACAAAAACAAUCAGAGGUUUAUUUGUUUUAUUUUAUGCGUAAUAAAUAUGAAUUAUUAAUUAUUGAAAAUUAAUAAAAAUACUUAGUGGCUAAGCAAUGCUAGUUUUUAUAUGUAAAUUUAAUUUAAAUAAUAAAUGAAAUUAAAUUAAGAGUUAAUAAAAUUAAAUUUAUUUUUUAAUCUAAACGCGAACUUUAAUCUUUGCAGCGAACACGGUCUCUAAAUUCAUUGAUUCGAAUAUUUGUGGAGGCACUCCACAUACAUAAGUUUAAAAUAUGAUUUUUAUACAAUAUAUAUGUGUAAGUCCGUAUUUUAUGUAAAUUUAGCGUUAACACCAACACAAAAGAUAAACAUACACACAAACACUCAUAUACAUACAAAAUACAAAUACGAAUAAAUUAAAAUAAAAAUGUGUAAAAAUUAUUUGAGAAGUGAAAAACCAAAACAAACAUGCAUUUUCUUUUUUCCGACCUCAACACACACACACUAACACAUACAGCUUAGUUACUUUUUAAAUGUGUAUGUUUAACGUGUAAGCUUUAAGUGUAAAAGUUCAACUUCAUAAAAUGUGUUUCAACUUAUACGCUCAAAAAUGCACCCUAUAUCGUUAGAUUUGAAUUUGGGUUCUUGAGGAUCAUAUAUCGCUUACCUCAACUCCAUCCCUAGCGCUCGUUUUAAGUUUGUUUGCUUUUAGUUUCCAAAACUACACUGGCGGCUGCGAUUUUGACGCUCGACAAUGGAACUAAUUCCUUAGAAGGGUUAUGAAACGAAACCAAAAUGUGUUAACGAAAGUGAUCCUAACUGAAGAUUAGUCAUUUGGUUAUGUUUAUCUGACGAACUCCGAAAUCAGUAUAAAUGGUGAAUAUACCAAAUUCUCAGUGUUUGCACUAAAUUAGUUUCUUCACUGUAAUAUUUUUGUAUGCUAACAGUUUUAAUGGCGAUCGCUUAUUUAAAUACCCAUUUUAAUAUAGUUGGAGCCCUCGGUGGGGAGUUACUAUACUCUGAAGAAGUCAAAAUCUCAACUGCUACAACACUGACGAUAAUGCUUUUUCACCACACACAUACACAUACAAUGUAUUGGUCGUCAUCACCGCAAGCACUACAAACCCAACACAUUUAUUUUCAUUCUACAACAACACAAAAAUCCAUAAAUUCAAUAAUUAUUAAGUGUAAGUGUACAAAUACAUAUUCGGUAUAUAAAAGUGAUUUAAGCGGAACUUAACCUAACAAAAAUAAGUGAAAUUUUGAGACUGCAUUUCACAUGAAUUUAAAUUAAAAACAUUUUUGGUUUUUUAAGAAAUAUCAGUAAUUUACAAAAUAUAGCUUGAUUAAAAAAGAAAAAAAAAACCAAGAAAUAAAAAAGUAGAGCCAUUUGGUGUUAUAUGAAAUUAGAAUUUUAAGUAAUUAGGGAAAUGUGUAACACAAAUAAAAUUUUCAUAAAAUCUUUAUUACAAAAUACAUGUAUAAUAUAUUUUAUUAUUGAUUUAUUUAUUAUUUUCAAUUAAUUUUUAUUGUCCAAAUUACUAAAUGCCAAUAUUAAGUUCGUUAAAUAAAUUCAAUACAAAUAUUCAGUAAAAGUAUUAAUCUCUCAAAAUCUCAUUAGUAUGUAUAGUGCAUAUGUAUAUACAUUUGAUCAAAGUAUGUAUAUGAAAAGCAGUUGACAUUUCUCAGUCCUUUCUAGCUUUAGUAAAUAUACUCACUCUCAAAACUAUUCACCUAGCAUGGAACUUCAUAAGAAUAUACAAAUUCUAUUUGUAAAGAAUAAAAAUAAAAAUUUGUUAUAUUUGUAUGCAUAUUUGCUUGUAUUGAAGAAAUAAAUGGUAUAUAGACAAAAGAAAACUUAAUGA